AUGAAGUGUGAGAGGAGGAUUUGGGGUCUGCUGGGUCCCCUUGGCCCUGAGCUGCUCCUGAUGAAGUCACAGCCUUUCGAAGCUGGGGGCAAAGAGAAGCAGCUCGGCUGGACAUGGAAAAAUCGCCACAAGCUCUUUCUGCUCUUCCUUGUCUCCUGCCUGUUUGUCCUUACACAGCUGCUUAGCUGGGUGACCACAAAGGAGUUCCUGGUCUUUAGUCCCUCAGACCCCAUUGUGGCUGUACCAGGUGGGGAAGCCAUCCUUCCCUGCUCCGUGUUUCCAGCCAUGAAUGUGGAGAACAUGGAGGAGUUGAGGUGGUUCCGCAGCAGAUUCUCAGCAGCAGUGCUUGUCUAUCGGGACCAAGAGGAGCAGAAAAGAGAGCAGAUGCCUGGGUAUUCACGGCGCACCUCUCUGGUGAAGGACAAGUUCCAUCAAGGCAAGGCUGCUGUGAGGAUCCAAAAUGUCCAGGCAUCAGAUAGUGGGAUAUACAUCUGCCACUUCAAACAGGGAGUGUUCUAUGAAGAGGCCAUCUUGGAACUGAAGGUGGCAGCAAUGGGCUCUGUCCCUGAAGUACGCAUCAAAGGUCCAGAAGAUGGUGGAGUGAGUGUUGUGUGCAUGACCUCAGGGUGGUACCCGAAGCCUCAGGUGCAUUGGAGAGACUUCAGAGGAGAGAAUCUCACAGCAUCCUCAGAGAUCCAUCGUGAAGAUGCUCAAGGACUGUUCAGGACAGAGACCUCGCUGGUGGUGAGAGACAGCUCUGUCAGGAGUGUGACCUGCUCUAUCUUCAAUCCUAUCUUGGGUCAGGAGAAAGCCAUGACCAUAUUCAUCCCAGGCGCACUCAUGGUGGAGCAUGCUCGAAGUAGAGCAGCUUACAGGGCAGCCUGGAGGAAGGCCCAGCUGUAUGCGGAUUGGCGCAAGGAACACUUCCAGGCAUGGACUUUCACUCUGGAUCCAGCCUCUGCCCAUGCCAACCUUGCCAUCUCCCAGGAUAGGCUGAGUGUGACGCGGAAGGAUUCCACUCUGUGCUUGGAGGAUCUCUCCAGUAGAGUUAGGCAUCGGAGGCAUGUCUUCUGA